CCCUGCCCUCCGCCUCCGCCUCCGCCUCUACCUUCACCUCCACCUCUCCCAUCUCCUCUUCCUCCUCGCCCGCUGCUCCCGCGUGGCAGUCAAUUGUCUUCGCUGCUUGCUUGCCUGGCCAGCCCCUUGUGCCCCACUGCCAGCGUCCUUCUUUGCCAACUCCCGUUCGACGCUCCAGCCACACGCAUCGCGAUCCCGGCACCUUGGCCUUUCCCGCCGUGCCAUGGCCCACUGACCGUUAAACGCGCAACCGAAUACUCCUCCCUGAGUUCCUGUCUCCGCCUCACUAGCUGCUAUCCGCUAGGCGUAUCACUCGCCUGCUGCGCGUUUUCCAUCCCUCCUGUCCUCCCACGGCUAUGACGCAGCUUUUCAACUCGUCUCCAUCAAGCCACUCCACCAUGACCGAGAAACGCACCUUUUCGGGCAAGGCCCUGUCCAUCAACAAGUCGGUCAAUGGAAAGGACGGCCAGGUCUCGCAGCGCAUCAAGAACUUCUUCCGCAUCAACAGCAGCAAUGACGCCCAGAAGCUCUCCGACGACGCCACGGGCGGUGCCCCAAACCCCAAGAAUGAGAAGUCGGGCUUCCGCCAAUCACGAUUCAUCCCGCACAUCACUCGCAACCGUUCUCAGACCGUCGCCAGCGAAGGCAAUCCCCUCGACGACGGCCUCUCGCCCACCGCCCAUGCCAACCCGUAUUUCGCCCACCAGGGACCCCCUGCACUGCGCCACCACAACGAUGGCAGCGUGCCCCCAUCUCCUACAGAUUCACAAACCAUACCCAAGACACAAGUGAACGGUGGCAACGGUCCCGAGGAUGAUCAUGCCACGACGGCUGGAAAGGAGGAAUUGGCAAGGAAACUACGGAGGGUAGCUUCUGCUCCCAACGCUCAGGGCUUGUUCUCAUCUGGCAAGUCUAAUGAAAGGCCACAGACUGCUGAACUCGGCAAGCAGCCCGUCCUGCACCACCCGAACUCAUCCACCCUGAGCAUGGUUGAAACGCAUUCGCAAGACUCGACCCACCUUCUACCCAGCGACGCCAGCAAGCCUAUACCGUCUCCGGGCCAGAUUCGCAAUUCUGUAGCUUUCAGGAGGACCUACAGCUCGAAUUCCAUCAAGGUUAGGAACGUUGAGGUCGGCCCAGGCAGCUUCGACAAGAUCAAGCUGAUUGGCAAGGGUGAUGUCGGAAAGGUCUAUUUGGUGCGGGAGAAGAAGUCUAGCAGGCUCUACGCUAUGAAAGUGCUGAGCAAGAAGGAGAUGAUCAAGCGAAACAAGAUCAAGCGUGCGUUGGCUGAGCAGGAAAUUCUGGCGACCAGCAACCACCCAUUUAUCGUUACUCUAUACCACUCUUUCCAAUCCGAAGACCACCUCUACCUCUGCAUGGAAUACUGCAGUGGCGGUGAGUUCUUCCGCGCUCUGCAGACACGACCAAACAAGUGCGUUGACGAGGACGCUGCGCGGUUCUACGCUGCUGAGGUUACGGCUGCAUUGGAGUACCUGCACUUGAUGGGCUUCAUCUACCGGGAUUUGAAGCCAGAAAAUAUCCUCCUCCAUCAGUCCGGCCAUAUCAUGUUGUCAGACUUUGACUUGUCGAAACAAUCGGACACUGGCGGUCGCCCAACCAUGAUUCUCAGCGGCCGAAGCGGUACUUCGUCGAACAAUCUGCCAACCAUUGACACCAAAUCUUGUAUCAACAAUUUCCGAACUAAUUCCUUCGUUGGUACCGAGGAAUACAUUGCGCCAGAAGUUAUCAAGGGCUGUGGACAUACGAGUGCGGUCGACUGGUGGACCCUUGGAAUUUUGAUUUACGAAAUGUUGUACGGAACCACACCCUUCAAGGGCAAGAACCGUAACGCAACUUUUGCCAACAUUCUUCGAGACGAAGUACCCUUCCCAGAGGGUUCUGGUGCACCGCAAGUGUCAAAUCUUUGCAAAGCCAUUAUUCGUAAGCUGCUCAUCAAGGAUGAGACUCGCCGCCUCGGUUCACGCGCUGGUGCCUCGGAUAUCAAGAGUGCGCCAUUCUUUAAGACCACGCAAUGGGCGCUACUGCGUCACAUGAAACCUCCUAUAAUUCCCCACCAGGGCCAAGGCAUAGAAACGCCUAAUUUCCGAAACGUCAAAGAGUCGCAGAGUGUGGAUAUUGGUGCUGCGAAAUCCAAGGGUGUGCCGCUAGACUCUGGUCUUGCUACACCCAUGGGCGAGGUAGCAGAUCCAUUUGAGGAGUUUAACAGCGUCACCCUUCACCACGAUGGAGAUGACCACCACGACCACCAUCACGACUACAGCGAAUCUGGACACUCUGAGUACUCGCAGACCAACUCGCAUCGAUAGGACGAGUGGUGAUUUGUACACUCCAGACGGGGUCUUAGGUAGGCCAUUUGUAUCCGAUGCUCUUCUCGACUCUGUUUGUUUUGCUUUUGACGUAUGAUAGAAAAAUGAGUGUCUUCCAUGUCAUUGGCGUUUCAAGGGUACUAAGUUCUUUCUGUCAUUCGAGCAUAUUUCUUUUCAACUUUUCAAGCCAGCAUUUUUUCAGCUCCAAAAUCUUUUCGGCGUUGUUUGUUUGUGUUUUAGGGGCAUGGAUGUCGAGGGACAUGAAGUAUAACAGUAGGUAGCUUGGACAACGGGCUGCAGGACAAUAUUGACUGGGUUUGUGAUCUUAGGAAAAGAGGAAUUAAUCACAAGACGUAUUUUUCUGCA